AUGGACAGCUUAGCAUCCCUCACCCACCGUCUUUUAGGCAAGUCAACCAAGAAAACGUUACGGGUUCUAUCGGAACCAAGAGUUCUCUACGGCCAAAACCCAAACAAGAUCGGCUACUCCUAUCAGGGGGAUUCCGGUGCUCUUCGGAUGGUCCUCGACGCAAAGAUUGGCGACGCAAUCUUCAGCCUCUUCAGCCGGGUAUACUGGAGAAGAAUCUGGAUCAUCCAAGAAGUGCUUCUGGCUAGAGAGAUAAGAAUAGUCUGCGGCCUAAGGUGUAUGAACUGGAACAAGCUGAACAGCUUCUUCGGCGGCAUGGAGAUCUCCAUGCUCCAAUCAGGAAGUCAGUUUCACGGAUCUCAACGGGCUUCAAAGAUAAUGAACGCACCGGGGUAUAUCCUAGUCAAGGAAAAAGCAUUCCUUGAAACCAAUCCACAGCUGAAGGAACAAGGAGCCCCGAUCUCCGACUUGCUACUAUCAUUCGGCAACUUCGAAUGCAGAGACAGGCGCGACAAGGUCUACGGCAUGCUCGGGAUCUCGAGCGACAUUGUCGAUGUCAACUAUGCUAAAUCGGUCCAGCACAUCUACAACGACGUUAUUCGUCGUAUAGUCAGGGGAGUUCAGAUGGAUACAAUCUCCAAGGCAGAGUAUUUUGGCAGACGGCUGGCCUCUGCGCUCGGGAUCCGUAUGGAUGACCGGCAACUUAUCAGAACAGACAGUCUCUUCAUUUGCCCUCCAAGACUGCUAACUUGGGCGGAUGAACGUCCCUUUUGGGAGAACGAUCCGGCAAGGGUACUCCCCAGGUCCUAUUACAACCACGUAACCAACAUAUUGACGUUAUCAAUGACGCCGUCGCGACCGACGCCCCAAAUUUCCCAAAGAGCCAUUCUCAGUACCGAAAAUAGCUUGGAGUCAUCCCAGGCUCUUCCUCCUGCUGGCCAGAUAUCUUCACAGGCUGUCGCUCCGCAGAUUGUGCAGCCAACUAACUGUAGUUCUCUUUAUAAUGAGCCUGAUGAGGAGUCUCAUUUUACCGUUUCACAUUACAGCGACGCGUCAAGCAUUUGGGUUGAAGACUUGGAGUCUCGAGGAGCCCAUGCUCCCGACCUCCUAGUUCCCGAUGAUCAACCCAGGUGUAAGGAUGACUCUGAGGUACCGAUCACGUCUAGCCGCUCUGUUGAUUAUCUGUCACACGGGUGGACCGAUGAGGAGAUUGGUCCAUCAUGGAAGGCAGUCAGCUCGGCGAAAUCGCUCAUCAACAAGAGUCGCCUGGAGAAUGGCAUCUGGAGGGCAUGGACAAAGUUCAAGAACAACUUGUCAACAAUCCCAGCGGAGGAACUGAACUGGCUCAAGGAUUGCGAUGUCACCUGGCUCUACGGACCUCUCUAUCCAGACUCUCAACCUCACCCUACCGAUUGGCAAACCGAUGACAAGUCUAUUCUGAAACGACACCGGGCAUUUGAUUCUGAAUUCUCAUCCCGAGGGAAGAAACUGAUCGACCUUAAAGUGCGUAUUCGGGAAGAGGUGGAAGUCAUUAGCCAUGAUGGUGGUAUUGGCUAUUUCGAGGACGAGAAUGAUGAUGACACCGCAAUUGAGAAUUAUACAGAUACCGCAUUGUAG